AUGGCAGAGUUAGCUAAAAUUGAAGAACAAUUAUCAUCUUUAACAUUAAUGCAAGCAGCUGAGCUUGUAAAAAUGUUAGAAGAAAAAUGGGGUGUAUCUGCAGCAGCACCUGUAGCUGUAGCAGCCGCUGCCGCUCCUGCUGCUGAAGCAGCUGCUGAAAAAACUGAUUUUGAAGUAGUUUUAGCUGCUAGUGGUCUUGGUUUAAUUGAAGCUAAAAAAUUAGUUGAUGAAGCUCCAAAGCCAAUUAAGAGCAACGUGAAAAAAGCAGAAGCAGAAGAAGUUAAAAAUAAACUAGAAGCUGCUGGAGCAAAAGUAGAAUUAAAGUAA